AGAGUCUUCUGAAUUUGUAGAAGUAAAGCGACUUUCGGAUGUUUACGUUCUUGAACAUAGUCCAAUGAUUCUUAUCCGUUAUAAGCAAUAUAUAGUUAUAUCUUUUAAUUAAUUGACUUGCUAGAAAAAACUUGUAGAAAGAAAAUAUUAUUUAAUUAAAAAAUCGUUUCUCUGAGAAAUAUUUUUUCAUUUCAUUUUGAUAGAAUUAAUACUGGUCUUUAUUUAUUAUAUUUUUAGCUUCAAAUUCCUUAAUAAAAUCACGAACACCACAACAAAAACGUAUUCCACUUGAUCCACUUGUAAAAAUCCAUCAUCGUUCUUCAGCAUUAAAUUCUGCAACAAAAAAGACAAUUGAUGAUAUUCAAACACAUAUUCAAGGUACAUUAUCAUUUAUAAAUUAUCCUUUAGAUCUUAAUAAUUUUAAUUUAAUUGAUCUUUCUUCGUUUCGUGAAUCAGGUCAAGAUCAAAAAUUCGAUGAUGUGAUAUACAAAGGCAUUAAUUUAACACGUAUUCGAGGAAAAAAUAUUGGUGAUUAUGGUAGACAAGUACUUCAUGAGAUCUUCUCACAUGAAGAAUUAAUAUCUUCAAUUUUACCUCCAGGUGGUUCUCAAUAUGCUCGAAAGCCUUUAGAUUUUGAAAAGUUCGAGUUCCUCCAUGAUGCUAUGCGUAGUAAAUAUCGCAUUGCUGGUGAUCGCUACGAUGAAUUUUAUAGCAAAUUAGUACGACCAAAAUUAGCAGAUUUUUUGGCUGAUGAACGUAAACGUGAUCGUAAAAGUAAAUGA